AUGGAGAACACAGACGUCUUCUCAGGUCUCCAUAAUUUUCUGAGUAAACCCUCCGCCAAAGAUUUCAUCAAAUCAAUUAAAAGUUUCAUUGUUUCGAUCUUGAACACAGCACCAGACCCUGACAAAGACUGUGAUGCAGUUCAAGACUUCUUUUCCAAGAUGGAUUCUGCUUUCAGGGCUCAUACACUUCGGUCUGGUUGUUCCGAUGAUGAGUUGGAAAAUGCAGGAGAUGGCCUGGAGAAGUAUGUCAUGACAAAGUUAUUUCCCCGGGUUUUUGCUUCAAACACCGAGGAUGUUAUCUCUGAUGAGAAACUCUUUCACAAGAUGUCAUUGCUUCAACAGUUCAUAUCUCCUGAAAACUUGGAUGUACAGCCGAAUUUCCAAAACCAAACAUCAUGGCUCCUAGCUCAAAAAGAGCUCCAGAAGAUAAACAUGUACAAAGGUCCUCGUGAUAAGCUUAUGUGUAUCCUUAGGUGCUGCAGAGUCAUUAAUAACUUACUGCUAAAUGCUUCAAUUGCUUCAAACGAGAAUGCACCUGGUGCGGACCAAUUCCUUCCUGUUCUUAUAUAUGUUACCAUUAAGGCUAACCCUCCACAAUUUCAUUCAAACUUGUUGUAUAUACAAAGAUAUAGGCGUCAAUCUAAACUGGUUGGUGAUGCUGCCUACUUAUUCACAAACAUACUCUCUGCAGAGUCUUUCAUCUCAAGUAUUGAUGCAAAAUCCCUCUCAAUGGACGAAGCUGACUUUGAAAAUGAAAUGGAGUCUGCACAAGCACGUCUUUCUGGUCUGAGAAGCCAGUCUUGUCAAACUGAUCACGAUGCUGCAUUCACAGCUCAUUGUCCUAAGAGGGAAAACACGCUUAUUCACGCAAAAUCGUCUGAUAGUCUCUCUGCUACCACCAAUGAAACACUGAGUACAAACAGUGACACACCAAUGCAGAGAGCUUCGGAUUUGGAAAACAAGGGCGCCACAAUGCUUUCGGAUGAUGGAAGUGAGGCAACCAAAAUCUUUCAAGAAUAUCCUUACAUGUUUGCCAGUGUUGCUGAUUUAAGGAUAGGAGAUGUUGAAAGUUUGCUUCAUAAUUACAAACAGCUCGUUAUCAAAUAUGUUUGCCUUUCCAAAGGCUUGGGUGAUGCAGCAUCUUUAGCUCCAUCCCUUUCACCAUUCCAAGCGUCUAAUAAAGACUCUGAGAAUUAUACAACAUUGUUUUCAGACAAAAGCGUCGAUGAUUUGAUCCGAGCUCUACAACAAGGUGAGAGAGACAAUGUUCAUAAGCUCUCAGAUGUAAAACAAGAAUCAGACUCAUCUUCUAGAAACGUAAUCGGAUUUGGUUCUUGAAUGUAAUUUUCAUAUCAUAGGAUAU